AAAAGCGACCUCUUACCCUCAGACGACAUAAGUUUGCUACACCUCCUCACCUCCCGGUACUUGCGUAGUCAGCACUGCACUGCAACUAGGCGCAUCGAAGCUUGAAUGAUUUGCUUAUUUCACUAGGCCACGUUGCGGGUGAAUUCAUCCUUGCGGAGACGGAGCGUCGCGUGCUCAAGAUGUCAGCACAGUGCGCCGCUAACACGACCUGGGAGAAGCUACCAUUCAUACCCAGCGACCCUACACCGGGCUUCACUCCAACCCAGUGGACGCAGCAGCAGUUCGUCUCAUAUGCCAAGGGUCCGCUCCUCGCCGCAACAAGCGUGAACUUAGCCUUCCUAUGCGUUGUGCUGGCGCUGAUAGCGCUGUUUCUCCUAUGGCGGACACUGCGCUGCGUGGGCUGGUGCUGCAGCCGAUGCUGCGGCAACCAUCGCCUGGCCCGCCGCAAGAGCCUGCUCACCUACGAGGUGAUGCAUGACGCCUGGAUGCGCGGCUACAAGGUCAUGUACGUCUUCUUCGCCGUUGGCAGCAUCGCACUGGCCGCGGCCGGCAUGGCCAUGCUUCCGCGUGCCACUGACCGCGUGUCGGAUUUGGCGGUGCGGCUAGACGCGGCUGGCGACUACGUUGGCGACUUGCUCACUGCCUCAGACAGCCUCAUUUCUGGCGGCGCGGGCCUGCGCCCCCUCAUGUCCGGUGCGGCGGUGCUGCUCACCAACGGCCUGCCCACCACAAACCUAGCUGCGGAUAUGACGUGCACCGGGGGCGUGCUGGACACUGCUCUUGCAGCACCCAGCCAGCCCUCUGACCUACGCGCGGCACUCCUGGCCGCAGACACUGCCCUACGCACUGCAGUGGGCCCCGCCCUGGCCGCUGCCACGGCGCUCCUAGACGCCACUGCCGGCAGCAGCACAGCCACCUCCGGCCUCAUCGCGGCCACGCCUGCGCUCGCCGCAGUCGCGGCUGCACCCGCCCUCGUGUCCAAUAUUAGCUCCGGCCUCGCUGGCUACGACAGCGCCCUGGGGGCACUGCCCGCCACCCGCAGCCCGACCACCAGCAGCGAUCCCCGCGUGUCAGAUCUGCAGGCCGCGCAAGCGGCACUGGUCCUCAGCGCCUGGAUCGACAACAUCGACUACCUGUACGACAGCGUGCGUGUCGCCGCCGCCGCCGCCCGCCAGGUGCCGUACACCCGCCUGGCGGCGGCGCUGAGUGCACUGCGCGCCGCCGCCAACGCCACCAGCGCAUCCCCACUGACGCCAGUGAUGGCGGGUCUGGGCCGCCUGGAUGUGGCGUAUCUGGGCACCGCGCCGCAGCAGGCUGCCGGUGUCGUGACGGCGGGCCGCGCCUGCCUGGCCCGCCUGCGCACCCAGCUGGCGGCAUUUGAUGACGCCAUCUUCAGUUUCAACUCGGGCACCCUGGAGCGCGCCGCCAUGGAUGCCGUGCCGGCGAUCCAGGCGGCGCUGGAGUCCGUGUACGGCAACAGCAACGCCAGUGCUGUCGUGGCGGGCGGCAACGCCACUGCCGGCUCGCCGGCGGCCGUGGUCGCGCCCUCGUUGGCCUGGCCGCAGGCCGCGCUGUCCGCUCUGUCGCCUUUCGUGGGUAUGGACGAUAUCGCGAUCGCUGCGGCAUGCGGCAACGUGCAGGCGGUGCUGUCCAAUGUGACUAAUGGCGGCGCCAACGGCACCAGCAGGUUGCCGGACGAGAUGCCCACGCUGUCCUACCUCACCUCCCUACGCGCCGCGCUGGUGGCGCUGCAGACGCCGGCGGGAAAUGUCUCCACUGCGCUGUCCACGUAUGUUGGCGCGCGCACUGAUGCCAAUUAUGACAGCCUGCGCACCACUGCCAACUCCACCCGCACCGGCGCAGUCGCGAGUGCCCGCUCUGCUGCCGGCGCCCCGGCGCCAUCUGGUUACAGCAGCAUUGUCACUUCAGCAGCCAACGCGACAAACAUCAUCGCCAGCUCCUCGCUCCAGGCCACUCUGGCGACGUUGGACGCCAACGCAACCUCUGCUAUUGCAUGGCUCACCGCCUCCACCUCCACCGCUCCCGCCACCUCCGGCAUCGUGCACCUGAAUGUCACGACCGCAGCGCUGGCAAGGCUGCAGAGCAUUUUCACUGCCAACUCCGCCCGCCUCGCCGCCGUCAACUGGACUUCCACCACCUCCUCCAGCGCCAGCGCCAACGCCACCUCCGGCUACCUGCCCUCGGUCUUCCUGCAGCCGCUGGGACGCUCGCUCGCGCUGAUUGGCUCCGUUAUCUCCAACGGCCUGUCCGCCAUCGGUGAGCAGCUGGACAACGCACUGGGCAAGGCGCUGCUGUCCCCUCCACCUCCUUCCACGCCUGGUGCGUUUCCCUCGCCGUCUUCCUCCAACGCCAGCUCCACUGGCUACCAUCGCCGUGCCAUGCUGGCAAGCAGCAGCACCGGCACCGCCACAACCUCGGCCCUCAACGCCACGGCUCAGGUCAGGCAGCAGCUGGUGAACCGCCUGCAGAACAUCACCGACAAGCUGACUGGCGCCGACUCCAAACAGUACACAAACGGCGCCUACUGGGGCCCCAUCGCCAUUUACGCCGCCGUCAUCGCAACCUGCCUGCUGCUGGGCCUUGCAGUCUUCCUGAACUGGCCCGGCGGCCUGGUAGUCCUCUUCAUGAUCCACCUCUUUGUCUCCGGCGUCGUGCUGGCGGCGGCGUGGGGCGGCGCGGCGAGCCUCGUGGUGGCACACGACACGUGCGGCAGCGCUGACGCCAUUGUGCUGUCGGAGGUGUCGCCCAACUCGGCGCUGUUCCCGCUGGUGCGCUACUACUUGCAGGGCGUAGGUGGCUCGCUGCCGGCGGUGCUGCGCGCCUCCGGCCUGGGCGACACCUCUCGCCUGUCUGCCGCCGCGGCGCUGCUGCAGACGCAGGUGCUGGACCCGCUGCUGCUGCCGGCCGACCCCUCGGCUGCGGCCAACGCCACCAACACGUCAUCGUCCGCGACCACGCAGUGGCCGGGCAGCCUGGGCAGCGUGCAGUACGGGCUCGGCGGCCUGCUGGCUGACUUGUCAAUGGCGGCUGCGGACAUGUCAGCCCACCUGUCCGACCUGCUGACUCUGGGUGAGCGCGCCGCCGUGCUCAAUGUCUAUUACGGCGUCACCAGCUGGGCCUGCUGUGGCCUGGCGAGUGAUGUCAUGAUUCAGUGGGUUACCGCAACCGGCAGCGGCGUGCUUGCGUGGGCCGCGGCACUGGUGGCUCUGCUCAUCCUGAAGAACCUGGACGACAUGCCCGGUGGCGGCGGCGUGUGUGGCUGCACAUGCUACCGCAUGAAGGACUUCCCCCGCCCCGUUAAGGGCCGCCGCGCCGGUGCCAGCAGCGGCGGCGGAGCCACCGCCACUGCCGCUCCUGCCGCUGUUGCCUACGGUGCGGAUGUGGAGCGUGGCAAGGGCGCACCAUACAUGGCGCCUGCGCCCAUGAUGACGACGCCCCAGACCAAGGGCAAGGAGGUAACGGUCGAGAACGGCCUCUUCCAUGGGCCGCCGCCGCCUUCGGAACCACCGAUGACGAUAGUGCUGGGCGACGGUACCGCUGCGACGGGCGGCCACCGCCCGUCCAUCAAUGUGUGUGUGAUGGACCCGGAGACGGCGGCCGCAUUCGGGUUGAACGCCACCUCGGAUGGCGGCGCAUCCUCUGCGCCAUCCGCGCCUUCUGCACCGCUUCUACCUCCGCCCAACGGCAGUGGGCGGUGAUACAUGCAUCACAGUAGCUCUAGUAAAGAAGCAUGGAACGUAAUUGGUAACGCUUAAGGUUUUGGGGCGAGGUGAUGUACAGCAAGCAGGGGUGUAAGAAUGGAGGUACAGUAGCCGCUGGCCGCUGCAACAUGCGGCCAAACUAACCACAUGCCCCAUCAAGGACUGUCGGCCUAUGGGCCGAUCAGCUUUCACAAAGGUGCACUCGGACCAGGAACUUGGGAUCAACAGGGUCAGGCAGGGUGGAAGUGGUAAUAGGCAAUAUUGCAGCGAUGUGCGCCGUGAACACCGCCGACAAGGUAGGAUAAAGUUGAGUGUCGAGCGGCUGGCACGAAGAUGGGCGACUUGGGGAUGCACAUGGUGCUGGGGGCACGUGGCGGGAGUGGGUGCGGGCUUGCGGCGGGGCUGUCCCGUGUGCUGUGUGCACUUGCACGUGGACUCAGGCGACCCCAGGCUGCGGCUGCCCGUUGUGGGGGCGUGCGGUUGGCGGGGCACGCGCAUGAAAGAGGUUGUGCGGCUCUUUUGUCCGCGUGCAUGGGGGCGGUGCAAAUGGUUGGUAUGUUGUGUGGCCCGGGUCAGGUGACGGAUGAGCGUUGUAAGUGCAGGUGGCAGGACGCGAGCCUCCUCGGACUUAACACUUCCGUAGCACGAUUGGAAUGAGACCACUCCGACUGUUCGCGGGUUUCAGUUGUUUACGUGACGCAUCAGUAGGCUGUACUGCUGAACAACAUGUUGACGCAUGUGCCCUC